AUGAAUUAAAAUAGUAAAGAAUAGGAAUAUGAAAAAGUUCUUGAUUUACUUGAUCAUUUUAUAAAAAAAUAUUAAAAUUUAGGUAGGAAUGCAAUAGAAACAUCUAUUGUCAGCCUUUUAAAAAAUAAUGUAAGUGGGUUAUUUUUUGUUGGAUUUUAUGAAGUAAUUGAUGGUAUAAUCUGUGAUUCUAUAUUAGAAAAUUAUCUUGAGGUAGGUCCAUAUUAAAGUACUAUAUUGGCAACACCAAGAAUUGAAAAGGGGAAAGGAUAAUGUGGUUAAUGUUGAG